GGAUGACAGGCUUCAUCUGGAUCUGGAAAGAUAGAAGAUGAAUCUGCGUUCUGUAUUUACUGUAGAACAACAAAGGAUAUUACAGCGUUAUUAUGAAAAUGGAAUGACAAAUCAAAGUAAAAAUUGCUUUCAGCUCAUAUUACAGUGUGCACAAGAAACUAAACUGGACUUCAGUGUAGUCAGGACGUGGGUUGGCAAUAAACGAAGGAAGAUGAGCAGCAAGAGUGCUGUAGAAUCUGGAGGCACCCCCCCAGGGACUGUCCCUACUACUCCCUCAGUACCUCCAGAAGCAGCAGUUAGAAAUGUGGUAAAUAUUGCUCGAUCCCAAAGUCAGCAGUCUUCUUGGACCUCUUCUAAUAAUGAUGUAAUAGUUACUGGUAUAUACAGUCCUGCUAGCUCAUCCGGUAGGCAAGGAUCCGCCAAACAGACAAAUGCUUCAAUGGCAGAAAUACACAAAACCUCUAUUCCACGACUACCAGGAAAAAGCGAUACAGAGUUUCAGCAGCAGCACCUCCCUAUAGGACGACAAGUACCACAUUGUAAAAAUGCUUCCCUAUUGGUAGGGGAAAAGACUAUUAUUUUGUCUAGGCAAACAAGUGUACUGAAUUCUGCGAACUCCAUAUAUAGUCACACUAAAAAAAGCUACGGCGGUUCAUCGGUCCAGACCGCAGAGUUGGUGUUACCUCAGAAGCCGAUGAUAUGCCACAGACCCUGUAAAGCUGAACCCGUGGGAUGUCAAAGGUUACAAAAACCGGAACAUGCAGCUCUCGUAUCGCAUGUGCCCCCUGGACAAAGGGCUAAUACCAGGGACCCUUCUUGUAGCACCCAAAACCUGGAAAUCCGCGAAGUGUUUUCUCUGGCGGUUACAGAUCAACCUCAAAGAAUUGUGGGAGGAGGUGCAACACAGAAGCAUUGCUCGGUGGAAGGCAGCUGUCUGUCCAUCGCGAUGGAAACUGGAGACGUGGUUGACGAGUAUGCUAGAGAAGAAGAACUAGCAUCCAUGGGAGCACAAAUACAAAGCUAUUCCAGAUACUGUGAAAGCAGCAGUUCUGUUCGAGUAGAGAACCAAAGUGCAGCCUUGUCUGGGCCAGGAAGAAAUGUGAGCUGUAGCUCACAGAUGGUGAAUGCCAGGGACGUGCCUGACAGUAUUCUGUAUCAUAACAGAGACUAUCACUUGCCUGCACGGACCUCAUUACAUACAACAUCCAGUACCUUAUAUAACAGUGCUAAUCCAUCAAGAAGUACCUUUUCUCCUCAUUUUACAUCUUCAAGUCAACUGAGGCUGUCACAAAACCAAAAUAAUUACCAGAUUUCAGGAAACCUUACUGUGCCUUGGAUUACAGGUUGUUCCAGAAAAAGAGCAUUACAGGACCGCACACAAUUUAGUGACCGAGACUUAGCUACCCUAAAGAAAUACUGGGACAAUGGCAUGACCAGCCUGGGCUCAGUCUGCAGAGAGAAAAUUGAAGCUGUGGCUGCAGAAUUAAAUGUUGACUGUGAAAUAGUGCGGACUUGGAUUGGGAAUCGAAGACGGAAAUAUCGUUUAAUGGGGAUUGAGGUCCCACCCCCUAGAGGAGGUCCUGCUGAUUUCUCUGAUCAGUCUGAAUUUGUUUCUAAAUCAGCACUUAAUCCAGGAGAGGAAACUGCUACUGAAGUGGGGGAUGAUAAUGAUAGGAAUGAUGAAGUAUCAAUCUGCUUAUCUGAAGGAAGCUCACAAGAAGAGACAAAUGAAGCUCUUCAAAAUGAAGAAAUCAGUCACAAAGAUGAUGACCAGAAUCCUGUAUCUACUGAUAAUGUGAAAAUAGAAAUUAUAGAUGAUGAAGAAAGCGAUAUGAUAAGUAAUUCUGAAGUGGAUCAAAUGAGUUCCCUUUUGGAUUAUAAGAAUGAAGAAGUCAGAUUUAUUGAGAAUGAGUUGGAGAAUCACAAACAGAAGUAUUUUGAACUACAGACGUUUACUCGGAGUUUGAUACUUGCUAUUAAAUCAGAUGAUAAAGAACAGCAGCAGGCACUGCUCUCAGACUUACCUCCUGAACUAGAAGAAAUGGAUUUCAAUCACGCAUCCCCAGAGCCUGAUGAUACCUCAUUCAGCUUGUCGUCUUUAUCAGAGAAAAAUGCCUCAGACAGUUUGUGAUUUAUUUUUUCUAAUUGACAAAAACGAAACCCCGCCUAACGUGUAGGUUUCAAGAGA